AGCUAUCCCAACAUUGAUGCGUUCGCAGAUUAAUCUCGUCAAAUGAAGAUCGCAUGUCUGAAGUACUUGGAUUCGUUAUCAACCUUACAUGUAAAUUCGUGUGUCCUGUUUAAACAAAACAGUGCAACACUUGGACACGUAUGCAUUAGUCAUACAGGUGGGACAUACCAUUACUUACGUUGUGUACAAACUUGUUUAAGUUUGACUUUUUUUCAUGAGGGAAUAAAGUUAGGUUACCUGAGCUUUUCGAUUUUCCUGUUGCACAGAACGGAACUUACCCAGCGGAAAAGACUAAUAGUACCAGCGUCAUGAGAUUGUUUCUUGGAUAGAUAUUUCUUCUAAUUGCGAGGGCAUAAAUCCAGGAGGGAAAGUGUCCGACAUGUGAAGAAAAAGGGGCUAGAGUGAAGGGGCCCCCGAAACAUAUGCAGCCUUGGGCCACAAAACAGCUUAAUCCGGCCCUGUAGCUAUAUGAACUACUUCCAUGUUCAAGACACUGAAUAUUCCUACACACAACCAAAACGACUUAGCCAGAAAGUGAAUUUCAAUCUCUACAUGGUACAAGGUUCAUGCUCGACGUCCUUCAGCUUUCUAGAUGCCAUAUGGUACAGAACGGUUAAACAUGUAUUGACAUGGUACAAGGUUCAUGUUCGACGUCCUUCAGCUUUCUAGAUGCCAUAUGGACCAAUGGCUUCUAAGUCGGAAACGAUUGAAAUACGAUGCCCAUCUUGUAAAGAAGAAGUAAAGUCCACAUGGAAAUGCUGCCCGCAUUGUGAGACCAGGCUUGAACGUCCAUCAUGCAAGACAUCGACCCCAAGCAACUUAACAAAGCGCCCUCAUUCUCAAACAGGUUUUAUCAAAUUCGAUACUCAACAAGGCGAUAAUAAUGCCGUUGGGUCUGAUUGGGUGAAUACUGCAGAACAGGAUGCUGAUAGUGACAUUUGGUCGGAUUGUGUGGAUGAUCCAAUACAGGAUGCAGAUAAUGCCGUUGGAUCUGAUGUGUUGAAUAACCCAGAACAUGAUGCUGAUAGUGACAUUUGGUCGUAUUGUGUGGAUGAUCCAAUACAGGAUGCAGAUAAUGCCGUUGGAUCUGAUGUGUUGAAUAAUCCAGAAUAUGAUGCUGGUUUUACAGAGUAUUUACUAGUCCUUGAAGAAGCUGUACGGAGAAAAAGAGUGGCUAAUCUAAGCAAUUUUACCACUGAUUUAAAUAAGUGGAGAGAAUGUGAAAUACAUAUAGCAAUUAUAGGGGAAUCUGGUACAGGAAAAUCCAGCUUCAUCAAUGCGAUAAGUGGACUUCAACCAGGCGAUAGAUGUUCUGCAUCAGCUUUAAGCAGCAAAUCAACAAAACUAAGUACGCGGUAUCCUCACCCUAAACAUCAUAACCUUGUAUUUUGGGAUCUUCCGGGUGUAGGAACUCCAGAAUUCCCAAAGAGUAUUUAUUUACGCGCCAUUAAUUUUCAGAACUACGACUUUUUUAUUCUGGUCACGGCGACCAGAUUUAAAGAAAUCGACGCAUGGUUAGCGACGCAAAUUCGUCAUCUCCAAAAGAAGUUUUAUAUUAUAAAGUCCAAAAUAGACUUCGAUGUCGAAAACGAUUUAAAAGAGUUUCGUGGAGGGGUGACAAAGGCUGAUAUCGUGGCUUGCAUUCGACGAAAUACAACUACAGAGCUUACGAAUAUGGGCUUAAAAAACCCAAAACUGUAUCUUGUCAACAACAAAAACAUCAAUGAGUAUGAUUUCAAAGAACUCAUAACACAGCUAAAAAAUGACAUACCAGUUCUAAAAAAAGAAAAACUGAUAUUGGCUAUGUUAUCUUAAGCAAGAACAAUCCUGGAUGAAUAGCAAAAAUUGCUGUAACAGCGAGCAUUGCAAACAGCAAUUAAAGCAUCAAUGGGAAAUGUAAUACCAGAUCUAAUGGUAAUGCCAAGAUCAGUUCCAAAAGAGUGUUAUACAGUAUUAACUACGGCGUUUUAUUUUUAUGUCGAUAUUGACGAAAUGUUGAGCGAGGUGAAGUUUUAUCAAACGCAGUUCGGAAUUAAUGACGAAUCUUAAAAUAUAAUUUCGGGGAGGAUUAUUAUAACUUUUGAGGACUUACUUCAGAAACUAAAUCUUGCCUCUACAUCGAUUAUUGAAUCAUAUGAUUCAUUCGUGUUGUUUCUCCAUAUGUGUAAACAAACGUAUAAUCCAGAAAAGCUUUAGAGGUAUUGCAAACGUCUGGUAACACCCAUUGCUGCCAUUCGUUUCUGCUUAUUUGUUCAGCGUCAAAUACUAAAUAUGUGUUACGACGAGUUAAUAAUUAUUUCCGCGCAGUAAAACAUUCUAAGAGCAAAAUCAUGUCAAAGCUUGAAGAAGAGGAAUAUGGCUUAAAGAAAUAGUUAGAUUAAAAAUGCCCGACUAGUUAGUUCCCGCUUUGUAUCCGACUUUUGUGUUGAUUUUUUAUGUAUUGGUCUUAUCAUUUUCUUAUUGCGCUUAUUGUUCUUAUAAGACGAAGUGGAUCAAUGCUGUAUUUUUCGCGUCAUUAUCGGAAAAGUUGUUAGUCAUGUUUAGAAUAAGGUACAACAAACACCUUUAAACAUGUACGACACAUUUAAAGUAUUUUCUGUUCGUUGAUUUCUUCUUCAUAAUUAUUCUAAGUUGAUUUCACUAAUUCAAUAGUUUCUACAUAUAAUUAGUCGUUAAUUCUCGAGGCAAGACGGGAUUGGUUAUGGGUGUGUCUGUUAUUUACCCGUGUGUCUGUUCGUAAAUUUUCGUUUUCACUACCUUCCAUUGAAGGAUGUUCAUAAAACUGUAAAAAUUUUAAGGUGACAAUAAGUCAAUCCUUUAAGCCACUUCGCUAAGACUUAAGGCCUCUGCCAUAAAUAAAACACAUUUACUAGUAUUACCCCCUCAAGUGGUUGAUCACAGAUGAUAAUUGUAUGGUGGCCUCAUAUUUGAAUAGCAUGUAUAUUUAGCCGAACGAGCUUAUGUAGCACACAUCGUCACAUGGUCAUUUAUCAUGCAAGUCAUUGUAUGUUAAAACAGUUGUACUUUUAUUUCAGUAUGCGAUUGACAUGAAUGGUUAUCAUAUGGUAAUGUGUGCUGAAAAACAUAAAACGCUUAUUGAAUUUAGUAUAUUAAGUAUAAAAUUGUUCAAUUAACAAUGCAUACUUAAGUACAAAUAAUUGGACAAACAAUGUAUUGUUCUGUUAAAAGUGUAAAACUAUAUAACAAAUAAGGGAUUUGUUAUAAAAUAUAAACACUUGUUUAAAUUUACAUAAUUAAUUGUAUUACUCCUAAAAAGUAUUAUUUUGCAGCAUUUAACUAAAAUGGAUUACUAUAAAUUGUUCAUUACAAAGUGUAUGAUUCAAAUAAAUAAUUUGUUUCUAUAAUAUGUAAUGUCAUAGUGAAUAUGCAAUUGUGCAUCUGAAGUAUCAGAGUUUGCUGAUUUUGUAACUGAGAACAACUAACCUUAUGAACUAGUAAAUUAUAUUUCUUACAAAAAAAAAUUAUGAAGUAAAUUAUGAAUACUGCGAUUAUGCUAAUCAGCAAAUGUUCACCGUGCCAAUGAAUGCAUUUUUUAUAACCAUGAACUGUGGUCAAAACUGACCACGCCCAGCGGCUACAUGAUUCAUAUAGACUUAAAUAAUAAAUGACAAAUGCGCCAUAUCAGAAACCGCAAGGUUCAGAGGUUAAAUAUUUGGUGUGUAUUAAAGUAUAGUGUUUGUUCUUAAACUGUUUAUGCCCCUUUGGUAAAAACUGGCCAUGCCCAAGUAGUCACAUGAUACGAAUAGACUUAUACAUUAAAAAAAACCUCUUUGAUGAUUGGCUAUGGUAAUUGAAAAUUUUUUUUCUACCAUAUAUUUCAUGUCCAAACGAUACGAUGUCCAUAGAGUUGCUAUUUAUGCUCUUAAAUACGUGUGUAUAUACAUAUGAUAUAAAAUAUCUUUAUUACGAUUCAUAUGAAUUAUUUAUUAGCUUUACAGAAAAGCACGAGUACAAGAGUACAAUUGCUGUUUCAGAAUGAAGAUUGGUGAAACUUGUACUUGUUCUUUGUGUUCUCGUUUACGAUGGCUAGCAUAUAUUUUUAUUUAUUUAUGUGAAGAUGAGUUGAUAUUGAUUAUUCUGAUUGUUUGGAAAUUGCUUUGUCAAAAUAAAUGCAAUCAUAUA